UACCAGUAGUUGUUUUGAGGAAAAAUAGCUGUGGUCUGAGUAAUGAGGGCCCUGUGCCUCAGUAGAGCUUUGUCUAGCAACGCCCCUGGGUCCUGGUGGUUAUUUUAAGCAUCCUCUAUAUACAGAGUGACAUGAUAAGUGUUGAAUAGAAGUGAGGUGAACACACACACAUUUUUUCCUCUCACCCCCCUGAGCACCCACCCUUCAACCCAGCACUCCUAUGUUAGCGGAUGAAAGCCAGUCACCCCCCUUAUGGGUGGAGUGAUUUGCCAAAGAGGAGAGGAGUGGGAGACAGAAGCCUCACACUGACUGAUAGUCACAAAGUGCGAGGAACUAAAGAAGAGGCCAUCAAACACACAACAAGCUGUGAACUGUGAUGGUAGCAGAGGAGAUUGCGGUCUCUCUUUCAGGAGGAGCCCCGUGGGGCUUCAGGCUGCAGGGAGGAGCAGAGGAGCACAAACCGCUACAGGUGGCCAAGGUACGCAGGCGCAGCAAAGCAUGCAGAGCUGGGCUUAAGGAACAUGAUGAACUGGUUGCCAUUGGCGACCAUAUGUGUGCCAAACUCAGUCAUGCUCAGGCCAUGAACCUCAUAGAUACACAGAGCACUACACUUAACCUGAGGGUGAAAAGAGCCUCUGAAUUCCACUCUCCAUCUUACACCGGUCACUCUGCAUUGCCCUGUGCCUCAAUGAGGGUCCUGCCUCCCACCACAGCUCCCUUGUCUUCCCAUUAUUCCUCCAUCCUCUCCCCCACUGGGAUACCUAAGGCCAUCACUUCCCCUUCAGACAGUGAGGCUUAUUAUGGAGAGACAGACAGUGACGCAGACACACAGUCACACACGCAACGCCGCCAACGUCGCACACCUCCUCACACACGCUCAGCUGCACGCUAUGACGACCAAGAAGAUGAGGAGACCUCAGAGAUGAGCGGGUAUGAGAGUGCCACAGAUGGGGUUUCAAUACAGGGGCAGUGGGAUGGGUUGUAUCUUGCUGGUGUUCCUCGUAAAGAGCUCCUCAACCAGCCUGUCCAGACAGAGCAGACCACUCCAGCACACACCCCACAGACUAUGACCCCUCACACACUCACCCCAACCCUGGAUCAGGGAUUGGUGGAAGCAGAGGGAGAAAGUGACAGCGGCUUCCAAGAGGUGGGAGACGGCAUCAGGUUGGCCUGUCCACCCCUAGUGUCUCAUGAACGGACAAAAGAGGCUCUGGUGCUAGGACUGGGUAAACAACUGGUGCCCAUGGUGGGACUACAGCAGACCCCUGUCAGCGACGAGCUCUCCACCACCUAUAUGGACAAAGCACGGCAGGCCAAGUUGCACCGCGGGGAGAGUUUGGUGGAGAAACAGGUGAAAGAAGCACGUACUAAAUGUCGUUCUAUUGCCUCUUUGCUGACUGAUGCUCCCAACCCCAAUUCCAAGGGGGUGCUUAUGUUUAAGAAACGCCGGCAGAGAGCCAAGAAGUACACACUGACCUGCUUUGGCAAAGCUGAGGAGGACAGAGGAGGGGACACAGAAGGGGAGACAGGAGGGGAGACAGAGGAGGAAGGAGGGUGUUCCAUCCUUAGUGGCUCAGAAGUUGAGGAAGAGGGAUCUGCAGCAUCAUUUGACCCUACCUGGGAUACCGGUUAUCUAGACCUGCUGGACAGAAGAAGCUCUGCCUGCCCUUCAAACACACCAGUUACUCCAGCACCACCAACAACCAAUCAGAGCCCAGGGCCGGACAUCUCAGCCUAUCAGACUCUGGGAUUUGUGACUCCUGUCAAUCAAAGCCCAGGAUUAGAGGUCUCAGGGCUGGAGAGCUCAGCCAAUCAGGGUUCAAGACUGGAGAACUGUAUCACAAAGCAGCCAAUCAGCAACCACUCUGCACAAAUGUCUCCUCCAGCUGUGGCUCUGACCAAUGGGCGGUCUGUAGCUGUUAGUCGGGCUAGUGUUGUUCUGAGCCUGCCAUCUCAGACACCCCUUCCAAGUCAAAAUGGGCAACAUGGCAACCCUAGCCCUAAUCCUAACGCUAAUUCUAAUUCUAGACAGGUCAUAGACUCAAACCAUCAUUUACAAACCCACUUCAGUCCUAAUCCAGGUAUUCUGAACCGUACUGCACGCCCCUUCACCCCAGGCACUACCCCUUCUCAUGCAACAGUAACCUCUGUGAUGUUUCACCCUCCCCAACCCAAAUCCACAGCUGUGACCAUGGCAACUAAACCAGUGGCUGCUGUCUCUAUGGUGACUAUCUCACCUACUUGCCAUACAACAGGGCCAGAUACUAGGAGAGCAGUGUCUAGCACCUCUCUGUACAUCCCUCCAAGAAAUAACAACAGCAACACUCCCCCCACUAUUAACUCUCCCCCCUCAGCCCUCUCACCUCCCUCCUCUUUGUCUUCUGCACCUUUCUCCCAGCCUCCUGCAAAUCUGUCCACAUCUUCUCCUCAGGCCGCAGUGCAUGGUUCCUCUAAUCCAUUCUCCCCUUCUCCAGCUCAAGGUCCCCCCAUCUGUCCAACACCUGCUCAGCCCUUCUCCCCACCAGCUUCCUAUCCUUCUGCUCCUAUUUAUCCACAUCCUUCCCCCUAUAUUUCUGUUCCUCCUAUCUCCCCACCACAUCCCCCUGAUCUAACUCAGGUCCCCUUCCACACUCAGCCCACCUCUCAUCCUCCACCUCCCACCCAGCCUUCUCCAUCUUCGUCAGUCUACCCCUACAUCAACAUGACAAAUGCAGUGACUCCUAGCAUUCAUGCUACCAUGGCAACUGCAUUACCUCCACAGGGGCCUGCCACUGAUUCACUUGGGACACGUGAGCAGCGCAUCUCAGUCCCCGCCGCUCGCACCGGCAUCCUGCUUGAUGCCCGUCGUCGUGGCAACAAGAAGCCAAUGUUUAGUGCGAUUCGGAGCAAGGAUGUUUCUCCAAACCCAGACUUGCUUUCAAUGGUUCAGAAUAUGGAUGACCACUUUGGGAAAACCCAAGCACCUGAAUCUGGAGUUGCACCCACUGGAGAUGCCGGGCAUGAAUCAGGGCCUGAGGAGGACUGGCUGAGGCUAGGAGCAGAGGCCUGCAACUUCAUGCAGACUCAGCGGGGACUCAGGCCACCUCCUAUAGCUCCCAAACCACAGACCCCUCAGGUGCCACAGCUGGCAGGGAAGGGAGGCCAGCUGUUUGCUCGCAGACAAAACAGGAUGGAUCGGUACAUUGUGGAACGAGCUCCCUCUGUCGCUGCAGCACCUUACUCUCCUGCCCAGACUAGGGAGCCCUCACCCACACCUUCUCUCCCUGCCACCUGGAAGUACUCGCCCAACAUUCGUGCUCCUCCUCCCAUCAACUACAACCCUCUGCUUUCUCCCUCCUGCCCUCCUAAAGCCCAAAAGAAGCCUGAGGUGACAAAGCCUGGGCCAGCUAGACCUAAAGGGCAAAAAGCAAGCAUCAAGCCUGUGGACAUUAUGAGCCAUCAGCCCUACCAGCUGAAUUCCUCUCUGUUCAGUUAUGGGGGUGGGGUCCCACAGGACACCUCCACCUAUCAGCAGCAGCAAGAAAUGACAGGUGCUCCACAGAAAACAGCACGAGUAUAUGAGGUGAAGCGUUUCUCCACACCCCCUCUGACAACCACAGGGCCUGCUCUCAAAGUUAUAAUGCCUCGAUCAGCUACCACACUUGGCGUGCCACUUGGGCACUCUGAUGUAACUUCUCCUCCACCCACAAUUGGUCCUGCCACCUACCAACCCUAUGAGCCUCAAGCUCAACCUUACCACCCUGAGUGGGCCACCUCCCCUCACCCACCACCUCCUACCCCUACCGCCUCAUUCCCUCAGCUCCCCACCUUCUCCUCUACCCCAAAGCAACCUCAGUCCCCUAUUUUCCUCCAGCUUCAGUCCUCCAACACUCCCCAGUCCAACAGGCAGUUUAAGAGUGCCCCAGAUCUAAGUCCCCUGGACUCUGCUGCUACCUCUAUACUGGCUUCCAGCAGCACUCAUCCUGCCCGGGGCCCCAGACCCAGAUUCAGUACUUCCAACCUGGGUUUGCAGCCUUGUGUCUGGCGCCCAGGAUCCUUUAUGCACUAAACAGAUUUGGUCUGGACAUAAUAAAUCAGGACUCCAUGGGAACAUAAAGCGUUAUUCAAAGCUGUAGUUUGGGGUUUUAUCAGUCACGUUUUAUCACAAGAUCUGUUUGGAUUGGCCACACAUGUAGCACAUUUGAUCACUUUCAUUUAAUUUUCUUGACUCAUUUACAGUCUGAUUAUAGUUAAAGAGAACACUGUGUUUUUCAAAGGAAAUAUUGUGUGGAAAUCUGAGACUAGUUAUAAGAACACUAUGAAAAGACAAAGGAUGCUUGGAUAAACUGAAAUAAAAUUCUGUAAAUGCUGCAUCGAAUGAUGAAGAAUUAAGUUUGAAUACAAUAAAGAGGAACAAGAGGAUGUGAAAAGACAAGGCUGCUGUGAGAGAGGUAGUCACAAAUAGGAUAAAGAAAAAGGGAAGGACAAGCGAUCAUAGAAAUAAUGUCUGAUGACAUGUAAAAGAUGCAGAUUUGAGUUAUACUGCAACUUCACAAACUCCCUUAAAUACAGCAAGUGUUGCCAUCCAACGAAAUUAUAUCAAAAAUUGCUUUACUAACAAAUUUGAAGUAGCUACUACAACUGUAAUUCCUCGCUGUUGUUCUAAGGAUUUUUGUUUGAUGAUUUUGAGUGUUGUUUUGUGGUUGCACUCAGCAGCAGUGUGUACUUUAUUUUCUGUAGUUUUAUCAUAGGGUGAGGAACAGAGCUGUCAUGAAGCAGGGACAGUAGGCUUGAUUUCUGGUCUGUUGAUAUGAAACAAGACUGGUUUAAUGUCUGUUUAGCCAUG